CAAAAAGGGCAUUUCUAAUCAAAAUCAUGUGGCAUAAAACGGCUUGCCGAAGUUUUGCGAUGUCAAUCUCGUUUAUGUUGUCUGAGAGUUAGCACCGAGACUAACCGUUCGUGCAUUUUAUUUAUUUUUUCUAAGUAAUUACGCCAUAAAAAUCACAGUGAUAUACAGACGUACGAACUAAAAUGCAUGUCGAAGCACUUUAACGUGAAGCGUGUCUCUGACCGUGACCUUCUCGUCUACGCGCUUAGCGACAGUGUCAAAUGGGGUUUGUCUUAUUUAAAGGGCUGUCAGACAGCCGCAACAUGUGCGCCUUGACUGUACAACAGACAUGUUUACACGAUUAUACCCGCCUUUAACAGUUUAAUUUAUUUGCUGAUACCAUGCAUUUAUGUUGUGUAAUUAUUUGCACACGUGCAUAAAUCUGAACAGGCCUGUAUGAUAUUAUAAACAGCCGCUGCACGGUGGUAAAUCGAUCCCCCGCAUAUGUACAGCGGGAAUGCGGCAGUUAUGGGUGCAUUACGUUAUUCUUGAGCAUCGUAGACAAAGACUCUUGCUUGGUCCUGUUGCCAUUGUGUUGAUAAGUUGUCUAUUUACUGCAUUAGGACGCCCAGUGAUCCUAAGAAGCCUCUGUAAAAUGAGAUUAUUUAAUAUUAGCUUAUAAAUUAAUCUGACCCCACCCUCACCUCCACAGUCGUACAGGUAGACUACAAAUGAACCCAUAAGCUCACUCCCUGUAGGUUUAUCUUUGCCCACAUCUGAAUUUAACAUUUGUAAUACUGGUAGGAUGUGGGGUAUAGGUUGCAACACCAAUUGUAAACAUGGGUGUAGUUUGUGUAUAGAUUUGUUGUGGUAAUUCAAUUUACAAAAUAAUUAUUAUAAAGUAAGUUAUGCCAACCCACUCACCACCCCACCCUCAUUUCAUUUUAAAGGAAACAUUUUAAUUCAACAGCAAAUAAAAUAGGAAACAAAUAUAGAACAUACAAUUAUAGCAACUAAAACAUAACAGACCUUGUGUGUGUGUGUUGUGUCACUCUCAUAAUUGUGUAAAAUGUAUGCAUGGUGCUAUUUUGUGCAAUCUUGUGUCCAGUAGCAAUACUUUGGAAAGUAGCAUUUCAACCCUCUCUGUCUGGCUAGCCGUAAUAUUUCAUGUUUUGUUUUGUUUUUUAACAUGCAGGUGAAAAAGUGUGGAUACUGUAUAGAGCCUGCUCAUUCAGAUGAUUCCAGAUACCUGUCAUUUUACAUCCAUUAACAUGGUCACAAAUCAAACCAUAAACCAAGACUUCUAUUGUAACCCAGGAUGACAGUGGACAUUUACAAUACCAACAGGGGGCCUCUCCUACAUACCUAAGAAGAAACAUUAGCGAGGCCAGUGAGGAAGAUGUGGAGAUCAGAUGACAUUGUGGAAGAGGAGAGACAUAGUAUGCCAUCAGAGGCUUUUCUCCAGCAACCUGAGUUUCAAGAUGACCACUCUGAUGAAGCUGUACUUCAUAGCAUCUUGGAGCCAGAAGGGGGAGAGAUAGAAAGAACCGAUGAAAAGAUGGAUUGCAAAGACAAACAGAACCCUCAAUUGUUUCAGAAUGCAAGCCAGCCUGUGUCCCAAAAUGUAGCUAAUCAUAAUCAAGCCUGUCAGGCAAGUGACUUUGAGCAUGCUGGAAUGAUAAAACAGGAUUAUAGGACUGAUUUGCCUUUAAAUGACACUAAGGCUGACCUUGACCCUGGUACUAAACUCCAGGGUGAAUUGCCCUGUCCUCGCUGUGAGAGAAAGUUUUCGAGUAGUCAAGGCCUGCAGCGGCACAUACAAACACAUGCUCUUUCAACCUGCCACACACAGCGGUUUAAAUGCAAUCGCUGCAGAAGGACCUUCAGUACACUGUUUAGUCGUCGGAGGCAUGAGAAAAGGCAUGAAAAUAGAAACAAGAAGAUGAAUGAUCACACAAUUGCCACUUGCACUGCUAGUCAGAUUGUCCCUGGCAGUGGUGAACCUUUGAAAACAGCAUCACAAAACCCACAGCCAAACAAGUGCAUUAAUGCAGCUGAUGGUGAACAAAAGGAUGAUAAAAACAGUCAUUUCAAAGCCUCACAUGUCUGCAAGUACUGCAAAAAAGCAUUUAGGACUCAUACUUGUCUGAAGAGACAUCAGCGCAGGAUCCAUGAGCACCAGCUUCUUCCAAGAGGAGUUUAUAAGAAGAUCAAAAUCACUCAAGCACCUGAAGGACAGCAGCUUGUUGAGACAGACAGUCAGACUGCUAACCCACAGUGUGCAGAGGACAUUGAUAAGGAAAAGGAAUACAUGGUUGACAUCUCCAGUAAUAUUUCAGAGAAUCUCAGCUUCUACAUAGAUGGGAAAAUUGUCUCGACGAGUGCUGUAAGUAACUGUGAGGUGAUUGAGAUGAACUCUGGGGGUUCUGCUGUGAUUGGAUUGAAUGCGGUUAUAAUCAGUCCAGCUCAAAUUACACAAGCUCUUAAAUUAGAAACCAAUAAUAACAGUUUCAACCCUGACCUGUCUGGACAAUCCUCAACGAGACGAAGGACAUCUACCCCACCUUUACUCCCACAAAUAAAAACAGAAUUAGAGUCUGAAUCCAUCUUGAGUACCUCAUCAUCUUCCUUGUCAUCUUUAUCAUUGUCCUCCACAUCUGGAGCUCCACUGGUCACUGCUCAUUUACCUCAGUGCAUUGAGACAGUUGCCUUUCACAAGGAAAAAACUGUCUAUCUGUCUCCCAAACUUAAGCAGCUCCUGCAGAAUCAGGAUGGCAGUAAACAAUCAUUUGCGUUAAUUUCUGAUGGCCACAAACUGGGUCCUCCCUUAUCCCUGACUGUUUUACCUGCAACAACAACUAGAUUUAAGAGAAGGACAACCUCCCCUCCCAGCUCACAACAGCAAAACUCUGAUCUGAAUGUAGAAAAGCAAGAUCAGGAUUCUACAAAAGCCAAGAUGUCAAAGUUGGAGAGCCAUGAGUUGAGCAUCUUGGGCACUGAAGAAACUGAGCCUUUAAAUGUACCCAUAAACAGCUCUGAUGGAGCUCAAAUGCAGCAACAGAUCUUGCCAUUGGACUGCUCUGUAUCAAGAACAGGUGGAAACUCCUGUAAUCAACAGCCAUUGGACCUCUCCAACUCUGUGGGUAAGCGAGACAGCAGUGACUCCUUAGCAGAGUCCAUUCUGGACUUAAGUAUUAGUGGAAAGAGUUUAGACUGUGACUCUGCUGGAGUCUACCUCACUCAGCCUGCUUUGAGGAAGAAUAAACCUAACUCUAUUAUGCUUCAGAAGGUGCUUAUGAAUGAGUAUGGUGGGGUAGACAAUCCUUCAGUUGAAGAUUCAGAUGCUGCAGGUGUCGUCAGUGCUCCUGACCUAACAAACCUUGCAGUUAUGCCAGUGUCUGAUGCAAGUCCACCAAACCCUGAAAGGCUUUUGUUUGAGUUGUCUCUUCCUCCUGCCUCAAUCCAUUCAACCCCUCCAUUGCUCACUCCUGUCACUAUCCAUCCAGCUGCCUCAGUCCCUCCAAGUCACGGUUCACCUUCUUCAUCUCCAACUUUUGUAUCCUUUCUAUCAACUCCCACAGUGGAACCCAAUCAGGACAUUCAAACUCUCCAUUCAACUUUCCUGGUAUCUGACACUGUACCACCCGCAGGGUCUAUAGAAGACUGCGCUGAUAAUCCUGUACAUCUUUCACAGGGUGAUUUGAAAAUGACAAUCCCUGACUGGGUGUCCUCUGCUCCUGGAGGUCUGGAGAGCCUUAUACCUGCAGCCCCUUCACUGACUUUACAAGGCCCUCAUUGGGUCGCUGAUCCUGCCAUAUGUGAACUAGCUCAAAGAACUUUGGUUGUAGACUCUGUAUUAGCUUCUGAUACACAGAUAUUUUCUCCAUCUCUGCCUAUUAACCAGUCCAACAUCACAUCCUUGACUUUUCCUCCAAACACUGUUGUUAUUGAGUAUACAGUUGCACUGCAAUCUACAGAAAAUAUUCUCCCAGCUCCCCAAGCUAAUCCUGUUCAAUGCCUCUCAGAUAAAUUUCCUGUUGAUGCAUUACAGCAAGAACCUUAUGUCCCAUCUGAGCCACAACCUCUCAGUCAAGACACCACCCUACUUUAUGAGCAAUCCACACAGUCGGCACCUAUAGAGCAGUCAUCAAGCUCUACAGAUGGUACACCGACCCUCACGGCCUCCACUAGUGUUAUUAAAGCAGAGAACAAAGACGAGGAUCAGGACAAUGUCCAGUCCUCUGAUUGUUCUAAGCAGGAAAACACAAUUGAAGAUGAGUUAACUCCCUUGCAUCCUUUUUGCAAGAACUUUAUGUGCAAUGUUUGUGAAGAGCCCUUCCAGUCCAUGAAGAUUCUCAGUCAACAUGUAGGUGAACACUCUAAGGAGUGGCCCUAUAAAUGUGAAUUUUGUGUACAGUUGUUUAAGAGCGACACAGGUUUGCUGGAGCACCGUUCCAGUUAUCAUGGAAUUGGUAAAAUUUAUGUUUGUAAAACAUGUUCUAAGGAAUUUGCUUUCCUCUGCAACUUGGAACAGCAUCAGCGAGAUCUCCAUCCCGGUCAAGAGUGCUCACACACCGAAGUAGUACAUGGCAAGUUAAGACCUGAAAACCAUAACAGUCCCAAAACUGACAUGACUGAUCCAGGCCUUCCAAUCGAAGAAAUCAAGCAAGAAUCUGACAACACAACCACUAAAGCAGAGGAGGAUGCCUUGGACAACUCUUCUGAAGAGCUGUUUACAACAAUAAAAAUCAUGGCAUCUGGAGGGGUCAAACCAAAAGGCCCAGAUGUACGUCUAGGCAUUAACCAACACUACCCAAGUUUCAAACCGCCUCCUUUUCCAUACCAUAAUCGAACACCAACUGGGACGACAGCAGCAUCAGCCACUAACUUUACCACCCACAAUAUCCCUCAGACCUUCAGCACAGCCAUUCGUUGCACCAAGUGUGGUAAGAGCUUUGACAACAUGCCCGAACUGCACAAGCACAUCUUAGCCUGUGCUAAUGCUAGUGACAAAAAGCGCUACACUCCUAAAAAGAACCCUAUACCACUUAAGCAGUUUGCAAAAGCACAAAAUGGGGUGUUAUCACCUGCAAGGAUUGUUAAUAGUAGGCAGAAUCUCUCUCAAAAGGUCGGACAACCGAAAAAACUGAACUUUCACGAAUCGCCAGUUAAGAUAAAAAUGAGUGUCCUGAAUAAGAAGAAAUCUCAGCUGGUGCAAAGGGGUAGACCUGUUGGGGGGAGAAGGGCCUUUGCUCAGGAUGACCUAGACAUUUUUGCAUGUCCUCACUGUAGCAGGGAGUUCACAUACAACGCUAGCUUAAAGAAACAUGUAGCUUUUAGCUGCCCCAUGAGGCCGACCAGUAGAAACUCCAAGAAAAGAACACUCAGUGUCGUCUCAGCCCAGGAGAACAACGGGAGCCUUCGGAGACAAAUUGCAAAUAUGAGUGCAAAGCCACAAGGGUCAAGCCAUGGGCCAAAAACAAUAACAAAGAGUCAGAUCAUCAAGCAAAAUGCAGCAGUUGAUGCCACUCAGGAUUUUAGGCUUAAAAGAUCUUCCAUUCUGUCAACAUCUGUGGUUCAAUCUAAUAAAAAAAGCAAGCCUAUUUUAAAUAGCAGCUUUUUGCCGCAGAUGGAUUCAAAGCAGAUAGUCCUCUCCUCAGUUGCUCAGGUUAACUCUCAGGAGCCAGGUGUUCGGGUACAUGUUUUGGGUAGAAAAAUGGAGCAGAGAGUGGGCGACGUCAAGCUACAGCCCAGAAGAGAUGACCGUUUGUCUCUGAGGUUGAGAGAGAGAGUAGGAGGACCUAUUACUCGAAGUGUACAGCAGGCCAGCACCACAACAACAGUCCUUAAACAGCCAGACAGUCACAACAUCAUCAUGCAUCCUGUCAUUCUUCAAGUCAAGAAAUGAGAGUUGUGAAAAAAAAAAGAUCAUUGAUGUCAACUUUUUUUUUAAAUGCCUCCUUAGUGCAACAUUUACCUGUAAAUAGGCAUCUAAAUAUUGGACAUGUUGAAACAAACUUAGAAUUAUGGCUGAAAAAAAGAAUGCCCUUUUUAUCUUUUUAAAUUCACUGGCUCAAACACAGCAGCCUAUAAUAUUUACAUUGUAAAUAUCAUAAAAUACCAUUACUAUCUAUUCAUAUGAGAACACGGCCAACAUAUCAACUUGUCAUAUGUAAAUACUUUUGCCUUCUGAAAAAUUUUAAUGUGCUAUCACAGUUUCUGGGUAAGUCCACUUACAGAGUUUAACUCAUACUCUGCUCUAACAUAUGUAGUUUUGAAAUGACCUUGAUGGGCUAGUUUAGGACUAAAUGCUGAGCUAGCUAACUAAAUUCGGCAGAAAAGUAGAUCUCCGGAGCUAGACUGAGUACCUUUGGAUUACAUAAAUCUCAAACCUUGGAAGUAUAAUGAAAUGUCAUGUUAAAUCAAAGCCUGAAGAGUGGGGAAGUGGGGGGUCUCAUGCACUUUAUGCUGUAGUUCAUAUUCACCUGUGUUAAAAUGCAUUGCAAUACGAUUAAUCAAUUACUACCAAUUAUUUAUUAAUAUAUGUAUUCUGUGUUUAAGAGAAGACAAGAUGUGUUCAGUGAGGUUCACUGGAAAACAGGUAUUAUUGUAAUGGUAACUGCUUCUAUUUUUGUAGAUUGUGUUAGUUGUGUUUUAUUUGUUGUAUAGAUGCAGUUUAGACUCUUCAUGCAUGCCAGAGAUUUCAUGUAUGAGUGAAGGGAAGGGUCAGAAUAUAAUAUAUCUGCACCUCAAGGGGCAGGAGAAAUGUAUAUUCUGUUCACAAAUAUGUAUGAAUCUAUUUUAAAAGUUUCUAUUUCUCUCUUCCUUACUUUUUGUGCUAUUCUCCUGCUGAAAUAUAAACAUAUUUGGUCAGCUGUCAAAUGAGUAGGUCUCAUUUUUUGAUGCACAUAUUGCGUAGCAUUUGGGAAGAUAGUUAUUUGUGAAAUAAGGCAUUGGCCGUCAGGUCUGGAAAUUUAGCUCUAAAGAUGACUGUUUUAGGACACAUUUGUGUCUUGUUGAGUGGCCAUGCUGAUGGUAAACAAAAAGUCCUAAAAGGGUCAAUGAUCAUAAUGCAGAGAUGCAGUGUUUAGGACAAAUGUUAAAUGAUUAUAUUUUUUAUUAGAAGACCUGUUCUUUAAUUGGAUUCAUUGUAACAUUUUAGAACAAGUUAACAGGUAAAAAGUUUAAGGCUAAUAUGAACACUGUGAAAUGUUUACACUAUGAUUGAUUGUUGUGACUGAAAAUGUUACCAAAGCUUGCUAACAGGAAGAUACACUUAGCUAAAUGGGCUUCUUUAUAGUAUAUCAGAACUGAUAAUAUCUAUUAGAACUUGUCUUCUGGAGAGAAAUAACACAAUUAUUGUAGGCUUAAUCCUUUUUGUAACUUUUAAUCCAUUGUUUAUUUAUGGCCAAAAAGUUUGCUUUGUGGCAUUUAUAUUCUUGACGCAAAAUUAUUGACUCAAAGUUUUCAGGCUUGAAAGAGUUUCAAAAGUUUUUUAAUGUGAAAUGUGAAUGACUUAAUAAAUUGCUCUGUUUUAAGUUCA